AUGGAAAAUGAGGGGACGAGAGGAAAACACGACAUCGAUCAGGGGUUUGAGAGCGACCAACAUCCGGGCAUCAUCAUUCACGACUCUGAGGGAUUCCAAUCCGGAAAUAAGAAGGAGGUGACUGCGUUUGAAACGUUCAUUAGGAAACGAUCUCCAGACGCAGACCCUGAAGAAAGGCUCCAUGCUGUUUGGAUAUGCAUUGAAGCAGAUACCGCACGGCCGAUUCAAACAGCAAUGGAAAAUGUCAUUGGGACCCUCACCAAGUAUGCGCCAAACAUCCCUGUCUUCAUAGUCGCUACGAAGAAAGACAGGUUCCUGAAAGAUCACGACGACAUUGAAAACAAAGACAUCAAAGCCUUCGAGUCUUCCCAAGAUGUAUCUCCCGAUACCAGGGCAAAGGUGGAUACAAUACUACAACAACGUCAAAAGUUCUUUGAGGACACAUUUAGCAAUGAUUGCCGAGGUUUCAGGAAAGAUCAUAUGUGGUUUGCAUUCGUCUCAAAAUAUGAUCAGCAGUCGAUUCGAGCACUAGUGAAUCGCACCGUUGACGAGAUAGCCGACGAUAGCGUUUACAUGAGUUUGGUAGCCGCCCAGGUCUGCGACAUUCAGCCCAAAGUUGACCUGGCCAUCAACGAAACGAUACGUUUCCUUGGUCAUGCCAUCCGUACCAUGUACGUAGCAAGUCCAGCGCUGAUUGGGGCUGGGGUGGUUGCGCCUACGGUGUCCCGCCUCCUCUGCAACAGGAUCAUCCGCUGCUUUGGAUUCCCGAAAAUCGAGGCAAAGUACGUGGAUGAUAUCAUGAGCAAGGUCGUCUGGUCGAACCUUGCGAAGUUCAUGACGCAGACCUUCGCGCCAGACACGGCGGUUGCAGGAGGCAUGGCAGCGCUGACUCUCGUCACCGGAGGUAUCGCGCUCAUUCCAGGUAUCCCAUUUUUGGAGACACCUCCAGCGGCUCGCUUGAUCAUAAAGUGCGCAUGCGACUUGAUUCUGAUUCUGCAAUGCGCGUUCCAGUCCGGCAACAAUAAAUUUGUCACCAAUGAAGAGAUCCGCGCCGCGACAAUCGAAUACAAGACCAAAGGUCGAUCCCAAACGGGAGGAGUCUACGAGUCCAUUCGCGAUGUUGUCCACAAGGAAAUAAACAAGCUCAUUCCGUUGAUGCCGUCCAAGCAGGCAGCCCGCAUGCUGUCGAACAGCAACAAAUCUCGCAUACAAGCCACUAUGAGGGACAUCAUCAGCGAUAAUUCUUUCACGAAGGAGGACCCCACACUUUUUCGACAGGAUUCCAUCUCAACUUCAAGUCUCCUCAGUUCAUCCAGUUCUUCUACAGAGGCAGAGGAGAUAAGUGUUUUGUUCAAAAGCAAAGAGGGCGGUGGAGUAGUAUUGUGA